UCAAUCUGAAAUUCCAAAUGACAAUUUUCAACUUGAAAAUGCAGUCGUAUUUCUUAGCUUAAUAUUAUUACAUUACUCAAAAUCUCCCUCAGCUCCAGCGCUCUGUCUCUGUCUCUGUCUGUCUCUCUCUCUCCGAAAUCCGCCAUGAAAACACCUCCCGAGCGCACCCCAGAACCCUAGGACAAGCAGAAAAGCCCCACCACCUCACAUUCCCUGUAUAUCCGAAACUUUCUUUCUGUUUAACUAACGAAAUGGACUCUCUUUUCCCCUUCCAAGACCUCAACAUGCUCCCGGACCCAUCCGCCACGAGCACCACCAAGGCUGCUCUGCCUCUGCUAACCCCCAAAAUCGAGCCCAAGCUCGAACCCUCAGACGAGCCACUACAAAGGCAGCCGACUCCUCAAGAACCGUUCUUUUCCACCGGGACCACCCUAACCCCCUACGUCCUCUCCAAUUCGGAGGAUACCCCUAUGUCCUCCCUGCCCAUGGUCAUUUCCUCCGGGGAAGACAGCGUCUACUCCGAGUUUUUCCGAGUUUCCGAGCUCUUUCGCUCCGCCUUUGCCAAGCGGUUACAGCGUUACGGCGACGUUGACGUUUUGGAUCCCGAUUCUCGCGCAAUCGUGCCAGUCCCACAGGAAGACGGCAACAAUCACGUCUCAACCGUUGUUUCUCGGAAGAAGCCCUUCCAGCGCUCCGCGGAGCUCGUCCGUGUCGCGGAUCUCAGCAUGGAGGACCGUCGCUACUUCCGCGAUCUCAUUCGUCGGACCCGCAUGAUCUUUGACUCUCUCCGCGUCUUAUCCAUGAUGGAGGACGAGAAGCGCCGUCUCGUGGAUGGCGGCCUCAGUCGCAAGGUCCGCGGGGAUCUGCGCGCCGCCUCUGCCCUGCGCGACCGCGAUCUGUGGCUCAACCGGGACAAGCGCAUCGUCGGCUCCAUCCCGGGGAUCUACAUCGGUGAUUUGUUCUUCUUCCGAAUGGAAUUGUGCGUAGUCGGCUUACAUGGUCAGGUCCAAGCUGGAAUCGAUUACGUCCCCGCCAGCCAGAGCUCGAGCGGCGAGCCAAUAGCCACCAGCAUAAUCGUGUCCGGUGGGUACGAAGACGACGAGGACACCGGGGACGUGAUAAUCUACACGGGUCACGGCGGGCAGGACAAGUUCUCGAGGCAAUGUGCGCAUCAAAAGCUGGAGGGUGGGAAUUUAGCAUUGGAGAGAAGCAUGCAUUACGGAAUUGAAGUGAGGGUUAUCAGAGGGAUCAAAUACGAGGGCGGCGUAUCGAGUAAGGUUUACGUUUACGACGGCUUGUAUAGGAUUCUUGAUUGUUGGUUUGAUGUGGGAAAGUCGGGUUUUGGGGUUUACAAGUAUAAGCUGUUGAGAAUGGAUGGGCAGGAUGAGAUGGGUAGCUCCAUUUUAAGGUUUGCUCAAAGUCUCAGGACUAGGCCGUUGACGGCGAGGCCCGUGGGUUAUCUUAGCCUUGAUAUUUCGAUGAAGAAGGAGAACGUGCCGGUAUUGCUCUUCAAUGACAUUGAUACUGAUCAGGAACCUAUGUAUUAUGACUAUCUUGUGAAGACGGUGUUUCCACCGUAUGCAUUUCACAGGACGGGGAAUGGUACUGGGUGUGAAUGCGCCUCGGGUUGUGCCGAUGGUUGCCUUUGUGCCAUGAAGAACGGGGGAGAGAUUGCUUAUGACCACAAUGGGAUUCUUUUGAGAGGGAAGCCCGUUAUUUUUGAAUGUGGACCCUUUUGUAGGUGCCCUCCUACUUGCCGGAACCGUGUUACUCAGAAAGGGUUGAGAAAUAGGUUGGAAGUGUUUAGGUCGAGGGAGACAGGUUGGGGAGUUAGGUCCUUGGAUUUGAUACAAGCUGGUGCUUUUAUAUGUGAAUAUGCCGGGGUUGCUCUGACCAGGGACCAAGCUCAAAUUUUGUCGAUGAACGGUGAUACGUUGAUUUACCCAAAUCGUUUCUCGAGUAGAUGGGCCGAAUGGGGGGAUUUGUCUCAGAUAUUUACUGAUUUUGUGCGUCCAACGUUUCCCUCAAUUCCUCCGCUGGAUUUUGCAAUGGAUGUAUCGAGAAUGAGGAAUGUUGCUUGUUAUAUCAGCCAUAGUGAAACUCCGAAUGUGUUGGUGCAGUUUGUGCUAUAUGAUCACAAUAACUUGAUGUUCCCUCACCUUAUGCUGUUUGCAAUGGAGAACAUCCCUCCUUUGAGGGAGCUCAGCCUUGAUUAUGGUGUGGCUGAUGAAUGGACGGGGAAGCUAUCUAUCUGUAACUGAAUAAUUAUAAGAAUAAUUUUGAAGGCUUCAUGCAUUUUUGAAUGUGGUGCAGCGCAGAGUCCGGAGGGACAUGAUGCACUGAGCUCCAAAUGUCUGAGAAAAUUGAUGCUGUGGUGAUUCUUUUUAUGUUCAAGCCUCCUCCGGCUUAACAUCAGAUAUGCUAUUUGUGAUCAUUAAAUUUUAAAUUAUACAUGGAGCUGAAGGUGUACCGUAUGUUUAUAAAAUUUUGUCACCUGGCUUCCAAAAUUCUCUGGUCCGUCAAGAUGGAUGCUGUAAAUAUAAACCCUCGAUCAGAUUACCAAAAAAGCUGACUUGAUUGAUAUCUCACUGUUGUGGUUACAUGGUUGUGUUCUUGAACUGAGUACACAAUCUUGGACUUCCUCAGUUGGUGAAGAAAUUUACAACUCAAAAUUUGUCAAGUCACAAAACCUGCUGUGAUGGUCAACCCUGACAUUUCAAGAAACUACUGUAAUCUAUUUUCAAGACUUGGAGGAUCAAGCCUUUCUGCAAGCCUUUUCCACUGGGGCUGGUUGCAAUGAGGUUUUGUAAGCUUGUAGACUUGGCUGUAUGGACCCUUUUUGUACUUUUAGCUUGUACAUAUUAAGUGCAAAAUUGGAUAAAGGUUGUAUGGAAAUUGUAUCAGUGCAUUGUGCAGAUGGGGGUGUCUUUUUAUUGUGUUUCUUUUAUUUGUAUAUAAAUAUCCUUUUGGGUGAAUUAGGCA